AUGGCUACCCUCGACUCCGACGUGACUAUGAUUCCUGCCGGAGAAGCCUCCAGCAGCGCAGCUCCUUCCUCCUCCACCAAGAAACCUAAGCGAUUCGAGAUUAAGAAGUGGAGUGCCGUUGCUCUCUGGGCUUGGGAUAUCGUUGUUGACAACUGUGCGAUCUGCAGAAACCACAUCAUGGAUCUUUGCAUUGAAUGUCAGGCUAAUCAGGCUAGCGCUACAAGUGAGGAAUGCACUGUUGCUUGGGGGGUUUGCAAUCACGCCUUCCACUUUCACUGUAUCAGCAGGUGGCUUAAGACUCGGCAAGUUUGUCCAUUGGAUAACAGCGAGUGGGAGUUUCAGAAGUACGGUCACUAA